AUCCCAGUACGAUGCAUUUUGGUCUGAGUGUCAGAAUUAUUUAAGUGAAGAUGUUGGUAUUGCAGUAGAUGAAAGAAGACAUGGCAGUGUUACUCAUUUGGCUCGUGCCAUUUCAAUUAGAGAUUUAAUAGAACAGGUAAAAGCUCGAUGUCCAGAAGGAACUUUAAUACCCUCACAUGAGUGGUGCAGGCUCCAGUUUUGGCCCAAAACACUGACACAUAUGUCAUUACAUCACACAGGUAAAUUUGCCCUGAAGUUUAUGAUUCAGCAGCAUCAAUGGAGGAAAGAGCAUGAAGAUUCACAUUAUGCUGCAGCAUUAUUUCGGUAUAUGCGUGAAUAUGUUUUACUUGUGAGAGAUCAUUGCUCUCUUAUUUGUGUCGAUGGCAAACAUAAAGUCAAGGUAGGGGAGCCAGGGUUUCCUGUGGCCUCAGCAGAAAGGGGGAGGAGAGUAGCAGUGCGUGCUGAUGAAAAUUUUGUAGUGGGAGACCAUGAUUUUACGAAGUUUGGGCUUAUUCUAUCAGUGACUUUUAUUAUCAAGAUUCCAGAUGAAAUUUGUGGUUCAUGGUAUGAUGGUAAAGUGUAUGUUGGUCUUAAAGAUUCAGUGUUUGAACCUUCCUCUCCUAUUCACCACAUGACGGAAUUAUAUCAGACUAUUUUGAAGACUGAAACUCAUAAAAAGCCUAUAUUAUUUAUAUACUCGGACGGUGGACCAGACCAUCGCCUGACAUACAUCUUAGUUCAGCUGUCUUUAAUAUGUCUCUUUAUUAAGCUAGACCUGGAUUAUCUUUGUGCUUGUCGCACUGCACCUUAUCACAGUUGGAGAAAUCCGGUUGAGCGAAUUAUGUCUAUUUUAAACUUAGGAUUGCAGUGUGUAGGACUUGCAAGGGAGCAGAUGACUGAGGAGUUUGAGAAAGAAGCAGCAAAAGCGAAUUUGUUAUCAGAGUUAAGAGCCAUUGCAUCACAAACCAGUGGAUUUGAAGCAGCUGUUGCAAGCUCACUUUCACCUGUAAAAUCUCUACUUCAUAGUAUUUUUAAUCGUCUCAAGCUUCACGAUGACUAUAUUCACACAUUUGAUUCUGCGUCUACAAAUGAUAUUAGUGAUUUUUGGACAUCACUUCUUGCUAUUGAUUGUACUUUAAAGGAAGAAAAUCACUACAUAAAAGCUAAUUUUUCAGAAUAUAAAGAUGCUCUUACAUUUGUUCAGCAUUGUUGUGAAGCUAACCACUACUCAUUCGAUAUUUUGAAGUGUGGUAGCAGUAUAUGCCACAUUUGCAAGCCAGUUCGACUUCUAGAGGACACUUUUAAGAAACUUAGGCACAUUCCACACCCAACACCUAGUGACAAUGAAGGACAUUAUCUCCCUUUUAGUGAGGUAUUUGGAAUCACGACAUCAGAAGAACAUAGGCCCUCCUUUAAAAAGACUGCUGAUGUUCAAAAGAAGAGUGUCCGCCAUAAGAAUACGCAUAGAAAAGCUGUAUUAUUCAGCAAAGUAUGCCCCAAUUUGCGUAUAUUGUGGCAAACAUCAACCUUUUACUUCUGAAAACUUGUAUCCUCAAUGUAGUGAUUGCAGCAGUAAACCUCCAGUACCUAAAUGAUUAUUUCCCAGCCUCUUUCACCAAGAGUCGUGCUUUUUCUCUCCUAAUUUUCAAGUGUUUAGCCUUGUUUUUCUUUUUUGUAAUUAUUAGCACCUUUCUUUUACUAUUUUGUAAUUUUAGUCUCAAUAAGUUGAGACUGGCAGACUGCAAGUGUUUAAAUAUUCAUUAAAAAUGAAUAAUAAAAAAUUAUUGAUUUAAAAAUUA